GAACUAGGUUCCAAGAAAACAAAUCUAUCUGCUCUCCAAUGUCUAUAUAUAAUCAACCUAACUUCAGAUUUCAUUCACCAAGACAAGAAACAAAGAUAUUUUACACUUAAAAAUAAGAAGAAACAAAGGUGAGAAUGUCGUUAGAUGAAAGAACAAAUCCACAAGCAGCAGCUGAACCUGUUCAUGAAGAUUUUAUACCACCCUCCGAUUGGGAUCGCCAGGAAAAUAGUGACACCCUCAUUCUUAUGCUUCCAGGGUUUAGAAAAGAACAAUUGAAGGUUCAAGUGUCCUCUAACCGUGUGCUAAGGUUGAGAGGUGAAAGAAAGAUCAGUGAUAACAAAUGGCGUAGAUUUCAUAAGGAAGUAAACCUUUCUGAUUCUCAUGACACCACUGGAAUCAAUGCCAAGUUUGAAGCUGGAAUGCUAUACGUAAAGCUUCCCAAACUCAUCAAACCACCAAUACCAACAAGUCCAACAACUGAUGAUGAUCACAAACCAGAUGCUACUGAACAACAUGAUCAUGAAAAAGACUCAAAAGAGGACACAACUCAUGAAGAAUCCAAGAUGGAGGAACAGCCAACAGCAGUUCAUGAAGAGUCUCAAGUGAUGCUGCAAAAGGAAAAGAGCAAAGCAGAAAGUGAAGACAAAAGUGAAGAAAUGCAGGAAACUAAAGAAACAACAGUGAAGGAGCAGAAGGAAGGUGAUGAAGAUUCUGAAAAGAAGGUGGCAGAAUCAGAAGUAAAAAGAGAUAAUGAUGAGAAAGAGAUGAGAGAAGUUGUAGCUUCAAAGGGUCUUGAAGGGUUAAGUAGGAUUAGUGUGGGGAAGAUGAAGACAAGGGUGGAGAAGAUUUCUGAGAUGGUUUUGGAGGUUAAGAAGCAGAAUAAGGUAGCCAACUUAGUUGUUCUUGUCUUUCUUGUGUUGCUUAUUGGAAUCUACGUAAAGAGUGUGGUCAAGUCAUCUUUUGCAGGACCCAAAAACCAAGACCUUUGAUCAAUUGCUUCAUUUUCUUGGAUUACUGUGUCAACAUGCAUCAAGGGCAUGAGAUAAAAUUACCUGUGUGUUCGUGAAAUUAUAAAUAGAUUGUGAUCUCAUGUUCUUGUAAUUAUCUUUUGUAUAUUUUGUUCCUUUGUUACUUGAUCCAGUGUUCAAUCUUAUAAAAACAAUGAAAAAAUGAUCCAAUGUUGAGUUUUGAGCUAACAGUCGGAGAGAAUUCAAGGUAGGCGAACAAGUGUAACAAUGUGCCAACUAACCUGAUGA